UUUCUUAGACUUUUUGUUGGGGAAUUAUUGUUUUUAUUUAUCUAAGUUGAUACAAAUUGUUGGGGUCUAUUUAUUGAUUUGUGGAGCAGGACCUGCACCAGGCCUGAGAUACUGAACGGUAAUUCAAAUAAUGAUUUAUUCUUCGUCUUUGAUCGACAAUUUACUCAUGCGGCUUUUAAAUGAUUGAAAAUAGGAAUUCAUUAAUGCUUUUGUUAUUUCAAGAGAUUUUUUUGAAAUUACCUUCAUAGGGAGAAACUUCAAGAAUGAACUUGUCGGUGGGUUUGACGAGUGGCCUCUUCCAGAACUAUGACACAAUACAGGCUGAGAAGAGAGCGUUGAACGUGGACUCGUGGUUCCUGAUGAGCAGUCCUCUGCCGGUGGCCUCCGUCCUCGCGGCCUACCUGCUGUUCGUCCUGAAGCUGGGACCGGCCUUCAUGAGGGACCGCAAGCCGCUCCAGCUGACGUACUUGCUGGUCGUGUACAACUUCUGCCAGGUCCUCUUCAGCAUAUACCUGUGCUCCGCCAGUGUGGAAAGUGGGGCGCUUCAAAGCUUCUAUAGGAAUGUGUUUCAACCCAACAAUCCAAGUCGCAUACCACUAUCACCUACUUUAGCUAGUGCAUCAUGGUGGUACUUCUUCUCCAAGUUGGUGGAACUCUUGGACACAGUGUUCUUUGUGCUGAGGAAAAACCAGCGGCAAGUGACGUUCCUUCACGUGUACCACCACACCAUCACAGCGGGUGGUUCGUGGUGUUUCCUCAAGUACUUGCCAGGAGAGCAGGGCUUGAUCGUUGGCCUGUUCAACUGUGCGGUGCACGUGUUCAUGUACUUCUACUACAUGCUGGCGGCGCUGGGGCCCUCCUUCCACAAGUACCUCUGGUGGAAGCCCUACAUCACCAUUCUGCAAAUGGCGCAGUUCAUUAUGGUGAUGAUUUACACAUCAUCGAUAAUCAUUUUCAACGAUAAGUUGCCGACUAUUUUAUCUUAUUUUUUCCUUGCAAAUGCUGCCUUCUUUGCAUACUUGUUCUCAGAUUUUUACAAGAAAACUUACAACCCCAAUAAGAAAUACUCAAGUGUAAGGGGUACUUUAAAACUGAAUUAAACUGAAUUAACUCAGCAUGUAUGAAGCAGCUGAUCGAACCGUGUUGGUGGAAACACAACCGUGACAGGACUCUGUGACGUCAAAGUGCCUGACCUACAUCCUGAGAUAAUCGCAUCAAAAUUAUAUGUGUAUUUUAAACAUAAUGAGCGUGAAUGUGAAUUUAUAUUUCACAAUUUUAAGUGAAUGUAAAAUAAUUGUACAUUCUCUAUUGUGUUGCAUUUGUACAUAAGGUUAUUUCAAUAAAGUUUUGCAUGUCUCAGCUAUGUAUUUUGAAGUACAUGUUUGUAGUGGUGACUGUACCCAACGACAGGUACAGCCCCUGAAGGGUACUAGGGUUGUCACAAGGCAGUGUCAGACCAUAAUAUGAAAUCUGAAAGAAGUACAGCACUGUGACACGAUAAGUCUGCUGAAAGUCUGUACGCCUCUCGACGUAACACUGUUCGAUUAGCACACUUUCGAAGUAACGAUGCCAAUAAAUAAUGGUAAGAUUUGAAAUAACGUGGUCAUAGUUUCUAAGUAGUGCUGUUUUCUUUUACAUUAAUUUUUAUUCCGUGCUCACACAAUGGCAAUAGUACAUGUGUAUCAUACAUAUAAUUCAAUGAAUUAAUAAUGUGACGAAUCAACAAACAGAAUUGUUCUUUCCUUAAUAUCUAUUCACUUCCUUCAUUGCGUAUUUAUCUCUGACAACACUGUGUGUUCAGCUGACACUUUUUUUACCUCGGACCGACUUGGAUACGCUAGAGGCAAAUGUGCUCAGGCAAAUCACUGCAGACAUGCAUUUAGUAAACAACAGAGUAGGGACGUUAACAGGAUAAAAAAAUUUUUUUUUUAAAAUAGAAAAUAUUAAGUUUAUGCUUUUUUUAAUUCUUAUUAUAACUGAAAUACAUCUUCUAUGUUAAUAAUAUUAUUAUUUUGUAAAUCAGAAAUGUUGUUAGCAUCUACUUAGGAAUGCUAUGUCCGAGCCCUAUUAUGUAAACAAUGUGGUAUGUGAAUUUUUAGAAUUAAAAUUUAUGUUGUUUUAUCUCAUAAUGUUAUUCAAAAUGUAUUUAGACAUAUAUUUGUACAUUAAAUUAUUUUAAUGGGAGCAGUGUCUUGAUUAAAAUGGUAGUCAGCAGGCACACUUACCUGAUUGGAGAAUGAAUUAUUUUUAUUAACAUACACUCUUAUAGCAAAAAUGUAUUUGAUUAGUGCUGUUUUAUUAGCACUGUUUUCCUGGAACGAUUUAGAGCGUUACUUCGAGGGGCAGGUGUAAUAAGCUUGCAGCUAUCAUGCUUCAAAACCUUGGCUUACCAUUUUCAGUAAGUGUGUAGCAUUAUGCCAUUUUACAGAUUGAUCUAAAAAUAAUUGUUGUAUAACACUGCCUGUAUGUAGAAAGUUGUUUGCCUGAAAAGUUUUGCUGUCAAUGCUAAUUUGUACCAUUGCUUGAAACCAAUUUUUGACCUAGUCUAAGGCAUCCAGUGUUAUUUGUGGUAAACAUGAUGUUUAAACUUUUAUUUUAAUUACUUUUCCUGCUUGAGAUUAGAAGAAUUUACGACCGAGUAGAUUAACAUUCAUCUUAAAACUUUUAUUUGUAGCUUGUGUGAAAAAAUGUUGGUGCGGACAUGCAGAACAUAAGUGCUGAACAUAAUGUAGCUGCGAGCUGCCAUCAUAGCUGUCAUUUCCAACAGGCAGCAGAAUAUCGCCAAUCCAAGACAAAGUCUGUGAAAUUAACAACCCUCAUACAUUCAAUCAUUCAGAGCUGUUUUGUAAUGCACUUACAUCUUUAAAUUUUAUACAGUGGAACCCUGCAAAAAAGAUUUCAUGGCAGGGUAAAAUGUACUGAAAUUAUAUUUAAAAAAUCAGCUAAUGUGUGUUUAUUAAGUUAUUAAUCAAAAAUAUUUUGCAUACAAAUGCAGUAUCAGAAAUCCAGUGUCCUGUCAAAAGUGUUUUAUGUAUGGUAUUUAUUGAUUUAAAACUUAUUGUAAUUUGAUGAUGCAUAAACUUUGCAAUAUUAUUUUUAACUAUUGACUAUACAGGAAAGUAGUCACAUUAUGAACUUCCAACUUUGUCUUACUUUUGAAUAUUUAUUUGUUUACCUCUGAUUUGGAGUUUUUCUUACAUUUUUUGCCAUGCUAAACGUUGAAUUGUUGAAAUCAUGGGACACGCCUAAGCCAUAACCAGUGACAAACUUUGAAAUGAGCUACCCAGUGCAAGUUAAUGUUAUUUUUAUAAAUUACAAAUUUUCAGAUUUGUAUGCUUAUCUAUAACAGGAAUGUAUAAAUAUAAUAUUUUCAUUGAGUGCAUGAUUUGACAUCAUGGGGAAUUUGCAUAAUUAAUUAGACAUGUUAUGGGUUGUGUACAUGGACUCCACCACGUUGUUGGGCAUGUGGACCCAGCUUUCGACUCUGUCUCUGUGUCAUGACGUGGUCUGUGUGGUGCUAGGCUCGAUUCCCCAUAUACCGCGUUGACGUCUACCGUUCCAGCACACUCUGAGCGGAGGGCACGCUAUUGCAUUACCGAGUGAUCACGCUAAUCAAGUCUUCACAAGUCUGGUUGAAGGGUUUUAUUUCGGUCAAGUCCUACACGAAUGAACACAAUUAUUAAAGAGAACUUUACGGAUUAAUGCUGCGAAAGAUGCCAAUGGCAAUUCAACUGGUUUAGGGGCAGACCAGCACACCGCUUGGCCUGCCCUAGAAAUUAAGAUGCAUCAUUCAAUUUAAAAUGUCCCCUAGGACUUAAAUCAUUAAUUAAACAGUCUACCACCUGAGGUAGAUAUCUAGAAGAUAGAGAAAAAUGUUUAAAAAGAUAUUAACGAUGACAUGUUAAGAGAUCAGUUGGAACUAAACGGUGAAGUCGACCAGGUGCUUAAGUUGCAUCCUACCUCGGGCAGCGGAUGAGACAGACUGGGCAGUGGUCCGGGUUUCAUGGUGGCAGCAAGCAGUUGAACUACCUUAGGCCGUUUAUAAUUACGUGAAGAAACAAAUAACGCAAAAUAACUUCUCGAGCACGGAACGAAAAAUUACAAUUGAUUAUUAAGUAUUAACAUUUUGUAAUUUUUUAUUAAGUUAAAAAAUAAACUACCCGUGUAAGGCUGCGUUCAGAAAGUGUUUGUGCAUUGUGCUGCGCAAUCAUUAUUUAAGCUGAAAGAAAACAAGAUACUAAAAGGAUUAAAAAAACAAGUAAAAUUACAAAUUUUAGUAAUUUAAAAUAUAUUAGGGGUGCAUGGCACAGACUCUACUAGACUCUUUGCCGGGUGGACAAACACACACAUGUUGGUGGGAGGUUUGACUAGAGGGUGAUGGUGGGUAGAGAGGAGGCCUGAUGCAGGGCGAGGUACAUAGGGCUUAGGGAGGGCGUAGCCCUGGUCGAUGUCAUAUUAGUCAUUAUAGCACAACUCCAUUCAGUUGGCUGGCUGGAGGUGAAAGCUGUGUGUAUUGUGUGUUAGUGUGGGAAGUGAACAUCACGUGGAAUGUCACGAGCCAGGAGCAGGGAAGUGUACAUGCGGGGACAGUGGUCAUAUGCAAAGUGAGCGCUGACACACCAUGACUUUCUCACGGUUUUAGGGCAUAUGACCUCCAAAAUUACAGUUAGCUCUGAACCAUUUGGUACCAACUCAGGGCCUAUAUAGUCAUGUCGAGUUGUCUGGAUCGAGUCCACCAUCUUUGCCACAUGAACCUGACAUGCCAACGACCACUGUCACCAAGGACCUGCCUUGCAGGGCUGGGCAAUGUUGGUAGUGUAGCUUACUUGGCUGCAAUGAACUAGUACGUUCAGAUCAGGAAAAUAUUCUUCAUGAAGUGUUGAAAGUCAUACAAAGCACAGUAUACAGCAUAUAAGUAAAAAAGAGGCUCAAUAGUUAAAGACUCACUGUUAUGGCAUUGGACAUGGGAUGGACUUGUUUGGCUGUAAAAAAACUGUCAUAUUAAUUAUAAUUUCAGAUAGCAUUGUUUUUAUGAAUUAUACCAUAUUUACCCACACCUGCAAGUACAUAAUAAUUUAAUGGGGAGUAAGACUCAUGAAUUUUUCACAGUCUACUUCAGUUACUUCCCUAAGCCAGUGUUUUCUCACAUGAGUGUAAAAAAAAUUUCAAACUGGUUACACUCUUUGCAUUUCCCUAUGUCAGAAUCUGUUUGACUGUUGUGCCAUCUCCCGCGGCUUUGUGUUCAAGACUUGGGUGAGCCUGGUGGGUUUUCUGGUGCCCUUAUGAUUCUCCAGGAGGGCGCCAGGCUAGUGUGCAACUAAUCAGACUUGCUGCGUGGGUCAUCGGCCCUAGCAUGGUCCCACUAGUCCGUAGGCUGUUGGCUGGUGUCUGGCAGGAAGUGUAGCUAAGUGAUGGGUACACAGUCCCUACACAGUAGAAUACGCUGAUAUUUACCAGGGAAGUCUGCAAACUAUGGAAUGAGAAGUACUCGGUUGGAUGAACAUCAUUGUAAUCAGCACGUAGUGUCGGCAUGGCCCGUCACCUAAGGCGCAGCCAACAACUCCUGCACUCAUGUCGAGACAACUACUUAAAUGUACACCGAAUGCGGGUAAAAUUAAAGAAAAAUUAUCAAAAUUAAUAAAGCAGAAAAAAAGGUACAUGAACAGCGCAGGGUGCAACUUAGUGAGAAAACGGCAAAUAU